UCAUGGAAACAGCGUUGGACAAACCGGGAGGGAAAGCUGUGAUAUUCAGCUCGAACAACCCACUGUAUGACCUGGACAUGAAGCUGAACAGAGCAGACCACUACGAGUUUGACAUCAGUGACCCAGAGAGAGAGAACAAGAGAGGGGGUAAAGCAUGCUUCAGUGUGGUGAUUGUGUACCUUCUCCUACUGACAGGGCUCACUGUGUUCCUGACUUAUAAAGUGUUUGUACUCCAGGGUGAGCUCCACUCCAUCAGUGCGACCCCUGGGGCCGAGAUGCUGCAGUCCUCUAAUCAGAUCCCUCUGGGGGCGGGGCUGCCCUCAGCGAGGGAUGAGGAGCUCCGCCCCCUUCUUGUAAAUGCCACCCUGGAGACAGCCUCAUUGCGCGGGGGGCUGGGGGCUUUGCAGGAUCGGGUGACUGCCCUGUGUGGCGAGAGUGGGGCACUGGGUGCACUGAGGGCAGAUCUGGGUACAGUCAAUGCUAGCACACACCAGCUACAGAACAGGCUGGACAGUCUCAGCCUCGUGCCAGGUCCUCAAGGGGAACCUGGACCAAUGGGGCAGAAAGGAGAACCUGGUGCGGCAGGAUUCCCUGGUCCCAGGGGUGAGCGAGGUAUCCAAGGCAGCACAGGACUCCAGGGAAAUCCGGGUGUGAAGGGGGAGAAGGGAAGCCCGGGUGAGGCUGGGGACACUGGACCGAGUGGCACUGUUGGGCAGAGAGGACCACCGGGUCCACCCGGCCAAUCUGGACCUGCAGGACCAGCUGGAGCACCAGGCCAGAGAGGUCUAAAGGGUGAUCCAGGGGAGCAGGGACCAAGUGGACAACCCGGUCCUCCCGGUGUGAAGGGAGUCUCAGGGACACCAGGGGCCCCAGGACUGAGGGGAUUACCAGGAGAAAAGGGGCAGCAGGGAGUCCGUGGAGAGAAAGGACUUCAAGGAGUACCUGGGGUCCCAGGACAAAAGGGCUCUAAGGGAGACACCGGGUCUUCCGGACCGCAGGGGCCACCAGGUCCUGCCGGGCCUGCUGGGUCAAAGGGGCAGAAAGGGAUGCAGGGGAGCACAGGCUCUAAUGGACUGCCAGGACCCCCAGGAGUACAGGGACCCCCAGGUGCUAAAGGUGACAGAGGUGUAACAGGUCUGCAAGGGGCAAAGGGACAACAAGGGGACCGAGGCAGUAAAGGAGAGUCAGGAUCUCAAGGACCCUCUGGACUGAGAGGAGAAAAAGGGGACAGAGGUCUCAAGGGUGACCGUGGCUCAUCAGGGUCACCAGGACUUCGAGGUGAAAAGGGCGAAAAAGGAGCCCCUGGUGGGAUAGCGGCGAAUGUCCGGAUUUCCGGUGGAGGAUCCCGGGGGCGGGUGGAGGUCCUCUACCAGGGCUUGUGGGGGACCGUCUGUGACGAUGGCUUUGAUCUCAAUGACGGGACGGUGAUCUGCAAGAUGCUAGGCUACCAGAGAGCCACCAGCUUCUACACCUCUGGAGACGGAAGCGGCAGGAUCUGGCUGGAUGACCUGGGUUGCACAGGCUCAGAGACCAGCAUUUUCAAUUGCCGGCACAACGGCAUGGGAAUCAACAACUGCGGCCAUAAUGAGGAUGUCGGCGUGCAGUGUGCCUGAUGCCUUCGCCUCCGCACCACGGAGGUGUCUCUCUUCCUACUGGAUCAUCGAGCAGUUGUGAUCACCGGGGGGGUGGGGGGUAUUGGGUCAACACAUGGAGAAAUUAUAUUACAGACAAGGUCAACAACAAUAUUAGAUACUUUAAUAAGCAGUUAUAAGAGCAAAACCUUUAAUGUAACAUACAAUGUUUUUUCACCAAAUGAAGCAUAGUGCCAUGUUUUAUGUGAAGUCACAUGGAUCUACUGGAAUUGACUAGCCAGUGUUGAAGACAUGCUACCAAACGUGCUACCGUGUGACAGUCUGCCUAGCUGCAACUAUUGCAAUGUAAUUAAUUCAUUAAUUAAAUCAAAUAUUAACAAACAGUUCCUUAAGUGUACAACUGAUUGAUUCUGACAGCAGUGAAUUUGAUUCAGGGAAUAUUUUUCAUAUCUUCUUUAAUCUCUGUAACUCACAAAUGUUGUGUAAGUACUAAA